AUGGAAAGAACAAGAUAUGCAUAUGAAAAGUAUCGUGAAGUUAGAAGUAAAAUUACAUCUGGUCGAACCUUUACAGUAAACUUUGACGAAGGAAAGAACAAAGAAGGCUUCAUGGGUGUACUUGCUGCCAUACAAGACGGAAAUAAGAAAGGAUACAAUCUCAGACUAACCGUAACAGAUUUGGAUGGUCAUAUUUACUAUGCCCAUGGCAAUGUCACAACAGCCGCACAACUUCUUGACGCUUUCAAGACUACAAAGAGAGAACAAAUGGUUGAUUCCGACUCAGACAUUUUGAAUGCAAUUGAAGGAAUUGCAAGUGUGAAGUUUGAAUGGUACCAACCCAACCCUCAAGCAGUCAGACAACAUGCUGGAUACUUCCCGUUCAGAAAUAAGUCUGACAUUGACUUGACAAGGUAUGGAAUUUACAAUUCAAUUGAAAAAAUUGUCAAUGAACCUUGUAUUCUUACAUGUCUCAGGAACUCUGGUCUUGUUACAGAUGAGAAAAUGAAGUAUCUUGAGUCAUGUGUGAAGACAAGGUACAUUCUCAGAGGGCAAUUGUCAAAAAUUGCACCGUUGGCAAAUGUCAAUAUCCGAGUCAACAUUCCGACUGAGAAAGGUUCUUCGCACGAUGACUAUGUUGUUGACUUCAAAUUGCCAUGGUUGAAGAUUGUACUUGUCCACAACCACUUCAUGUUAAACGAAAGUCUUACAAACCCAUUGUUCGGAAAGGGCAAAUGCAACAUUGUCAGAGCUGUUAACAUUCUUUUCGAGAAAGGCUUGUUGGAACCAAUUCCAGAUGACAAGCUGACAGAAACUUUUGUACCAAAAGAUGAAACAAAUUUUUCAUUGUUAGUGAGACCAAAAGUCGUUCCGGACAAAGUUCUAGCACAAAAGAAGUACACAGCUCCAAAAGGAGUUGGAUUGUUCGGAUACCAACCUGAACCAGAAGAACUUCCAAUGAGGUUGCAAGAACUUCAAGAUGCUAUAAACAAACUUCCAUUGAGACAUCCAGUUGAUGUCAAAUUGUAUUGGAGAGCAUCUGAGCUAGGUCAGAAG